GCGCUGACAAGAAGCUUUCUACUGUCACAUCAAAUACCAAAAGUUAGAUUUUUAUGUUUUGUGGAGAAUGGAAGUGUGCUGUGAAUGACUGUUCAGAAUAUGGUACAGAAGUUGUUAAGACCGGUGUACUGAAGUGUACGUGGCAAAUAUGGAAGGACACUCGUCCGUAUCGUCAGUGUAGAUAUGAGCCUUUAUCGCACCUUCAGUAGAACGAUUCCAGUUUUUGUCGUUGUAAUUCUGUAUCUGUUAAAGUGUUACUGCCCCGUUAAUGGUUUUGGAUACAAUACGUCACGGCUGACUGCGCCUUGCAGGGUAGCAACCAUCUUUUCGUGAACUGAAAAUUGUUGAAUGCCAUGGAGGCCUGAUUGCUCGUCUUUCACAUUGAGGAGUCACUUAUGGACUUCAUAACAGAACCUUUUGAAAAUUUCUACGAUGUGUUUGAGGAUAUUGGAAAAGGCCAAUUUGCAGUGGUGCGACGCUGUCAAGAGAGGUCAACAGGACGGCAGUUUGCUGCCAAGUUCGUCAGAAAACGUCGAGUAUGUCGAGGAGUAUCCCAGGAAGACAUACGACGUGAAGUGCACCUCUUGCGUCGCCUGGCUGGCCAUCCACACCUUGUGACAUUGCACCAAGCUUUUGACAGUCCUCGACAUGCGGUCCUGGUUCUUGAGAUGCUGGAGGGUGGAGAACUGUCCUCUCUCCUAGAAUCUCGUGGUCAUUUGGAGGAAACUGAAUCAGCUUAUUGUGCUCAUCAAAUACUACUUGCAUUACAACACAUGCACAGUCAAAAUAUCGCUCAUCUUGACCUCAAGCCUGAAAAUAUACUUCUCGUUGGUGGAGGACUACAGCUGAAGUUGGUGGACUUAGGACUUUCACAGGAACUUGAGCCUGGUACACAUCUACGAACCACUCUGGCAACCCCAGAAUUCGCAGCACCUGAGAUUGUCAGUUACGAGCCUCUCUCCUUAGCUACUGAUAUGUGGGCACUUGGUGUCAUCACAUACCUCAUGCUGAGUGGAAUAUCUCCAUUUUUGGGAGAAGACAAGCAGGAGACUUACUCUAAUAUAGCUGCUGUGUCAUAUACGUUUGAGGAAAAUGCUUUUUCUCGUGUCUCGACUGCUGCCAAAGAUUUUAUCACCAAACUCCUUUUGAAAGAUUCUUCGAAAAGAGCAACUGUUACACAAUGUCUAGAUCAUAGUUGGAUUCAGGCAUGCAGCUUAAGCUUGUCAAUUGUAAAGCCUAAAAUAGAAGAUAAUAUAAGGAAAGUGACAUUGAAAACUAAAAAACAUUGGAAGAUGACUACUGCAUACUUUAAUGGAGCUAAAGGACAUUCUGAAAAAUUCAAAGAAAGAGAACGUAAGACCGGAAGUACAGUGGCAAUUAUUCAAGGGUGA